AUGCCUGAAGCCGGGGUCGCGCCAGACGUCGUGUCGUACUCGCUCGCCGUUGCCGCGUGCGUCCACGCCGGGGGCGACGCGGACGAUCUCAUCGCCGCGGCGCGACGUACCGCGGGUGCGGACAGGCGGCUGAACGCGAAGAAGCCCAAGCGGGCGAAGAAGAGGAAGGGAAAGUCGCCCGAACGCGUCGACGCUGACGAGGGCGAAAACGUGAGGACGCUGUGGGAGGAUGAGCACCUCGCGGUCGUGUCCAAGCCCGCCGGGAUGCUGACACACCCGAACGAGGCCUCUGGCGGUGCCACUCGCACCCUCGUUGAGGCCCUGCUCGACGCGUUCGGCGAUGAGGGCCUCAGCGCCAUCAACGGUGCGGACGCGAGGGGUAUCGUGCACAGACUCGAUAAACCCACGAGCGGAGCCAUGCUGGUCGCAAAGACCGACCUGGCUCACGCCAUGUGCGUCGCCGCGUGGUAUCAGCGCAAGGUCACGAAGACCUACCUCGCACUGGUGGAGGGUGUCCCCGGUCGGAGGCGCGGGAGGCGGCGAGGGGACGACGGCGACGCGAUGGAGGGGACUUGCGUGGCGCCGGCGGAUGGCCGGCCCGCCAGGAGCGACUGGCGGGUCGUCGAGACAUUCGGGGAGGAGGACGGGGACGACGCGGAACAGCUGUGUUCGCUGGUGGAGGUGACCCCGCGCACGGGACGGAGACAUCAGAUUCGUCAGCACAUGGGCAUGGCGCUGGAUGCUCCGCUGGUGGGAGAUCCGCUGUACCGACGGGGGAAGAGGCCGAACACGCCAGCCACCGCGGCGCCGUUCCUUGUGGGCAAGCCGGGCUCGGUGCUGUUCCUCCACUCCGCCGCGCUCGCGUUGCGGCAUCCGGUGACGGGCGAGGCUCUGAGCUUCAGCGACCCGCUCCCGGCGGCUUUCGAGGGACUGGUCUCGGCGCUGCGCAGGCGAUAG